GUUAGUCUGUCUUACUUUCUGCCUCCUCGCGUUCGAGGUGUUUCUCUUAGAUAGCUCACUGGGCGUAAAAACUGAGUUUACCCGAUCUUUUCUCGAUUUACCUGAGCGAGGGGAUGCCCUGCCUUCACUCUGAAGCGCUAGAGUCCAUGGAGCCUGGCAGUGUGAGUCCUGGGGCAUCUCCGGACGCUGGCGCGGAGUCGAUGCGCAGGGGAAUCGUGAGCGACUCGCCGAUGGUGCAAGGCACGGGCUGGUUCUUCUCCCCACUGUGGAGUCCAAGGUCCAGGUUGCAUAGCAGGAAGUUUGGAGAUGGUACGACAAGCUACCAAGAGGACGCAUGGUUGGAUGACCACUCCGACUUCACAAGGGCUUACUUUUUACGCAGAACCUCAGCGGUCAGUUGUCCACAGACAGAAAUGUCCCCACUUCUGUCAAGGUUUCAAAGGAGGAGCUCUGACCAUUCCGAGGCGCUCAUGAAGGCACCUUAUCGGAGAAAUUCUUCCCCAUUGAGAAGCUCAGACCUGAACGUUUUAACUUUGACAGACAGACGCCUCGCUUCAAAUCUCAGUGUCCCUGAAUGGAUGGACCACUUUGGUCCAGAUGUUAAAGAAAGCCAUUCACCAUGCUGUCUCUGCUUACCUCGUUGUUCCCGUUUUCAGUUUUCUCCCUGUCAACCACGAGCUGCCGUUUGCCCCUGCUCAUCUAGCUUACCCCACCCUCCACAGUUUUUUCCACCCACAUCAUGUGGCCAUGGUGACGGCUGCCCUUGGAUGAUGGGGCUCCUAGGAGAAGGCCUAAGCUGUAUGGGUUCUUUAGCAGAGCUCUGCCAGGGGACUGUGAUCCAUGUUGGGGAGCUACUGGGAGCAGAGGGUGGUUCGCUCUCUCUUGUACGGAAACACUGUGGUGGAAGGAGUAGCUUGGAAGACGUGAUAGCCCUAACAUCACUGGGGCACUUGAAUGAGGGAAACCCAUACAGCCAAGCUCAUCUAGAACUGGUAAAAGGGAUCAUGGGAUGCGUAAUGGCUACAGCUUCACCAAUAAAUCUAAGAGAUGCAUCUGAGGACCCCAGAUUCAACUUAGCCAAUGAUCAAACAUCAAAGAUCAGGACGGUUCUGAGUGUUCCUAUCAGCAACCAUAGGGGAGAGGUUUUAGGUGUCCUGCUAAUGAUCAACAAAAGAAAUAGUUGCAAUGGAUCACGUUCUGUUUUCACAAACAUUGAUGAAAAGGUGUUGUCAAAUCACAUGGAUGUGUUGGGGACUGUCCUGGAUAAUGUCCAGCUGUAUGAAGGUGCGAGACAAGAGGCUAAACGCAGUAAGGCUUUGAUAGAGAUGGCACAAGUACUAUCAAAGGAGCACCAUUCCCUUGAAGUUAUGCUGAGUAAGAUGGCUGCCACCAUCAUGCCCUUUACACACGCUCAAUACUGCACCAUCUUUAUCCCCAGUGAGCAAACUUCAGACACUGAAGAAAAGACUUUAUUCUCAAGAGUUAUACAUUUGGAAUGUGAGGAGCUCGGAUCAACCUGCCAGAUCUACAGAAGGGAGCGUGACCUCAGGAAUAUAGAUCCGUCAUAUGCCUUUCGAACCCUGACUUCUAUGGAAACACUUAAUAUGUCGAAGAGUUCUGAUGAACUGAAAAGGAGUCUCAUCUGCUGCCCAGUUAGAAAUGAGAGAUCUGAAAAUGUUAUCGCUGUGUGCCAGCUGAUGAACAAACAAAGCAGAGCCUCAGAUGAAAUGGAAGUCUUUAACCGAUAUGACGAGCGCCUUCUGGAAGACCUGGCAGUGUAUUGUGGCCUGGCUCUACAGUAUGCUCAGGCAGUCCAGAUCACUGAGGAGCGGAGGGCCAGUAUAGAGGUCACACAGGAGGUCCUUGCCUACCACAUCACUGCAGCAGAGCAGGAAAUCCAGGCAUUGCAGGAGGCCACCAUUCCUUCUGCUGAAUUGCUGAAUAUUCUAGACUUCCAUUUCUCUGGUUUCGGCGUGCCAGAAGACGCGACAACACAAUCCACGAUUCGCAUGUUCCUGGAUCUCAAUUUGGUGCAGGAUUUUAACAUAGACUACAAGAGUCUUUGCCAGUGGGUUUUGACUGUGAAACGUGGCUACAGGAACAACGUGCCCUACCACAACUGGCACCAUGCAGUGAGCACUGCUCAAAGCAUGUUUGCAAUGCUCAUGGCAACAGACCAACUCCAGACCAUUUUUUCUCGUCUGGAGAUCUUAGCGUUGAUGAUAGCCACUCUGAAUCAUGAUGUUGAUCACAGAGGAGUUAAUAAUUCCUUCAUAGAAAGGACUCAUCAGCCUUUAGCUCAGUUAUAUGGACACUCCUCUCUUGAGAACCACCACUACAACCUGUGUGUCUUCAUCCUAAACAACACUGGCAGUCAGAUUCUUAGCGGUCUGUCUGCUGAAGAGCACAAAGCUCUAUUACACUUAAUCAAAAGGGCAAUCCUUGCCACAGACCUGACUGUCUACAUGGAAAGAAGAAAGGAGUUCUUUUCUCUUGCUAACAAAAGCGGAGUGAGCUGGAAAAGUGAGAAACAAAGAGACUUGCUCAGGUCAAUGCUGAUGACAGCCAGUGACCUCUCUGCUAUCACAAAGCCUUGGCCUGAACAAAAAAGAAUUGCCAGUUUGGUUGCCAUGGAGUUCUUUGCACAGGGGGACAAAGAGAGGGAAGAGUUCAAAAUCAAACCCAUUGACAUAAUGAACAGAGAAAACAGCACUCGACUGCCGUAUAUGCAAGUUGAAUACAUUGAUGAGGUCUGCUAUCCACUCUACAAGACUGUAUCGAGACUGUUUGACUCCUGCUCUCCUUUGCUAAAUGGGUGUAAGAAGAACAGAGAAAACUGGCUGCAACUUGCUGAUGAACAAGAAAAAGAAAACAAUGAAAACUUCACUGCAUGAAGACUUUAAGGGAGAGACACAGACAGACCAAUGAACAGCGGACUGGAGAGAAGAUGAAGACACGUGGCUUCAGAGGCUAAAAGGAGGCUUGCCCAUAUGUUCUAUCUUCAUUCUUCUAAGUGAAGACUGACCUAUUGCUCACACAUCAGAACUUUGAUGAGCAAACUGGUUAAUAUGUUAUGCAGUGGCCCUCACGGUUAUGAUUAUUCCUGCACUUGUAUUGCAAACAACUUAUUGUGCCACAUAUAUAAUAGCAAAUUAAAUGCAUUUACUGUAUGUAAAGAUGUACUAAAUAGCUUCUCAAAGUACUUUACAUUAAAAGCUACAUUCACAUUUAUGUUCUCUCUGUAUGGAGUGUUAGGUUAGGGGAUGGACUGCUCUGCCUUCACAUUGAGCCUACAUUAAUCUGUUUAUUUAGCAGUGAAGCUUUGAAAGUCUGAAAAAUGACUUUGAUUAUUUGCACACCAUAUCUGUAUUUGUAUUUUUAUCUGUGCUACACUGAGUUUCGUAAGACCUGUAUCCAGAUUUUCAAAUGCAUAAGUAUUUUAAAUGUACUGCUUCCUUUCCACAUACCAUCAAAUUAGUACAGUGAUCUAUAACAUAAUCAAUUUUGUGAACUUGUAUUCAACUAUUUAUUUUAUUAGAUUACUGACAUCUACAUUUUUUUUUUAUCUGAUUUGACUUUCUUUCCAUAAUGGCUCUUUGGAGCACUUUGACCCUGUGCUAAUUCUAUUAAUUGUUCCCCUUUAUUGGCUCUGACUUACAAGGUUAUCUUGAAAUUUAGCAGAACUGAUAACAACUAAUGUUAUUUCCACCAUCUGAAACUGAGCAAUAAAGAUAUUGUUCACCACACA